AUGAAGGGAGGAAUUGCCGCCGCUGCCGUUGCGGCCAUGGCCACUGGCGCCCAGGCUGCCCUGCCUCACCACCGACGUGCUCAUGAGCUGUUCCGUCGUGGUGGAGAGGUCUGCGUUCCCAGCUGCACCACCAUCUGGACCACUUACUAUGGCGAGCCUACUCUUGUCCCCAACCCUCCUUCGCCUCCCAAGCCCACCAAGCAGGCCAUCACUACCCAGGAGGCUGCUAAGCCCAAGCCUACCACCGCUUAUGAGGCUCCUACCACCAAGGCUCCCGAGCCUGUUGCUCCCACCACCACCAAGGUCGUUGUUCCCAUCCCGACCCCUGAGGAGUACAAGUGCCCUACUCCCGGCACUUACACCUUCCCCGCUACCACCAUGACUGUGACCGAGUCUACCACCGUUUGCGUUGGCGAGACCACCAAGGUUCCUGCUGGAACUCACACCAUGGGCGGUGUCACCACCAUUGUUGAGACUGCUACCACUGUCACCUGCCCUUACGCCAAGGAGACCGAGCACGACGGCGUCGUUACCAGCGUCAUUGAGACCACCACCUACGUCUGCCCCUCCGCUGGUACUUACACCAUUGCUCCUAUCACCAAGACCUGCGAGGAGGAGACUGUCAUCGUCUACCCCGUCCCUACCAGCUACGUCCCUGGUACCUACACUGCUCCCGAGCAGGUUGUCACCGUCACUGAGACCGACUUCGUCUACGUCUGCCCCUACUCUGAGUCCGGUGUUCCCGCCACUACCGAGGUUCCUGCCACCACCAAGGCUCCUGAGGCUCACAAGCCCCAGCCUCCCAAGGAAACCAAGCCCGUCUACGAAGCUCCCGAGCCUAAGCCCGAGCCCCCUAAGGAAGAGAAGCCUACUGCUCCUACCUACGAGGUUCCUAGCCAGGUCCCCGAGGCUCCCAAGCCUGAGCCUACCAAGGAGACCAAGCCCGUCUACUCCGCUCCUGAAGCUCCUGCCUCCACCAAGCCUGCUGUCGAGAAGCCCUCCGAGGCCCCUAAGCCCAAGCCUAAGCCUUCCAACCCCGGUAACCUGAAGGGCGGAAACGACCACUACGGUAUCACCUACACUCCUUACGAGUCAUCCACCGGCAAGUGCAAGGCUGGCGACCAGGUUGACAAGGAUAUCGCUGCCCUCAAGGAGGCUGGUUUCCAGAUCAUCCGAUCCUACUCUACCGACUGCGAUACCCUCAAGACCGUCGCCCCUGCUUGCAAGAAGUACGGCAUUGACAUGAUCGUCGGUGUCUUCGUCAAGGCCUCUGGCUGCACCUACGAGACCCCCGAGAUCAAGGAGCAGGUCGAUGCCCUCGCCGAGUGGGCCCAGUGGGAUCAGGUCAAGCUCUUCACCGUCGGUAACGAGGCCAUCAUGAACAACUUCUGCUCUCCCAAGGAGCUCGCCGACCUCAUCACUGUCGUCAAGGAGAAGUGCUCUGGUUACAACGGUCCUUACACCAUCGCCGAGACCCUCAACAUCUGGCAGCGAGAGGACGUCAAGGGCGCCAUCUGUGGUGUUGUUGAUGUCACUGGUGCCAACAUCCACCCUUACUUCAACGCCGAGGUCACCCCCUCCAGCGCUGGUGAGUUUGUUCAGGGCCAGCUCGACCUUCUCAGCGGUAUCUGCAAGGGUAACGAUGUCAUCAACCUGGAGUGCGGCUGGCCCUCUGCUGGUGAGUGCAACGGCUCUGCUUGCCCCGGUAAGAAGGAACAGGCCGAGGCCAUCAAGUCCAUCCGCAAGACCUGUGGUGAGAAGACCGUCUUCUUCUCCUACGAGGAUGACCUCUGGAAGGAGCCCGGUGACUGCAACUGUGAGCGCAGCUGGGGUUGCAAGUCUUCCUUCAUCGGUGGUUACUAA